AACUCACUCACUUCCUGUUAGGCACAGAGAAGGGGGUGCCUAGAUCGUAGUUUUUUGUUUUGUUUUGUUUCCCCCCCCCAAAUAUAGUGAUAUUUGUUCUCCUUUAUAUUUUUUGUAUUUCAAUUCAGCCAGCCAUGUCGGCCCAGAACUCUCUUAACAUGAAGCAGCCGCCGAUCCAGUCAACGGCCGGAGCCGUGCCGAUCCGAAAUGAGAAAGGUGAAAUUUCUAUGGAGAAAGUGAAGGUGAAGCGCUAUGUGUCAGGAAAGCGUCCUGAUUAUGCCCCCAUGGAGUCUUCGGAUGAAGAAGAGGAGGAUUUCCAGUUCAUUAAGAAGGGGAAGGACGCUGAGCCAGAGGAGCUGGAAGAGGAGGUGGUCUCUGACCCUCGUCUUAAGCGUCUGCAGAAUCGUGUCAGUGAGGAUGUGGAGGAGAGACUGGCAAGACACAGGCAGAUAGCAGAGCCAGAGGUGGUAAUGGAGAGUAGCUCAGAGUCAGAAGAGGAAGGCUGGCUCCCAGACCGAGAGGAAAGCAGUGAGGAGGAAGAGGAAGAAGUGGAUGAUGAGGAAAUCGAACGGCGGCGAGCAAUGAUGCGCCAGCGUGCUCAGGAACGAAAGAAUGAGGACAUGGAGAUAAUGGAGGUGGAGGAGGAAGGUAAAUCCGGAGAGGAGUCUGAAUCGGAAUCAGAGUACGAGGAAUACACAGACAGCGAGGAUGAGGCUGAGCCCCGUCUCAAACCGGUCUUCAUCAGAAAGAAGGACCGUGCUACUGUAGCUGAGCGUGAGGCAGAGGAGCUGCGUCAGAAGGAGUUGGAGGCAGAGGCAAAGAAGCAGGUGGAAGAGCGUAGGCACUAUACACUGAAGAUAGUGGAGGAGGAGGCAAAGAAGGAGUUUGAGGAGAACCGACGCACGAUCGCUGCACUUGAGGCGCUUGACACAGAUGGAGAGAAUGAGGAAGAGGAGUACGAGGCCUGGAAGGUCCGAGAGCUCAAACGCAUCAAGCGGGACCGUGAAGCUCGUGAAGCUAUGGAGCGUGAGAAGGCCGAGAUUGAAAGAUUCCACAAUCUCACCGAGGAGGAGCGCAGAGCUGAGCUUCGAUCCAACGGCAAGCUCAUCACCAACAAAGCGUCAAAGGGCAAAUACAAGUUCCUACAGAAGUACUACCACAGAGGAGCCUUCUUCAUGAAUGAGGAACAGGAUGUUUUCAAAAGGGAUUUCAGCGCACCCACACUGGAGGACCACUUCAACAAAACCAUCCUGCCCAAAGUCAUGCAGGUCAAGAAUUUUGGCCGCUCUGGGCGCACUAAGUACACCCAUCUGGUGGAUCAGGACACGACUUCCUUUGACUCUGCCUGGGCUCAGGAGACCGCACAGAACAGCAAGUUCUUCAAGCAGAAGGCAGGGGGCGUGAGGGACGUGUUUGAUAGACCUGCUGUCAAGAGGAAGACCUAAGCAGGAGUUGUGUGUCGGGUUCGAGUUGAAGACUGUGGUGCUGUCAAUAGAAUCUGAUUUCUUGCUGCAGGGCACAGCGUGCUUCUAGGACACUCCAGCUCAAGGAUCUGUCCCUCUCCCUCGCAUCCCCCUUCAAAAGACUCUAGACCAGGCAAGAUAUCGAAAGCCCUUGCUCUGUCAUUUCUGUUUGCUUUGACACUGAGCUACCACGAAGCAGAGGAUCUCAAGAUUUUAUUGCUUGCCUAAUGGGACUGAAGUAACUUUCUUUAUUCCCUUAUGAUACGUUGAAUAUUUAAUUGUACUUAUGUAGUUCAAUUAAAGAAAUGACAUCAAAAGAUGUUUGUUUGCAGUGUGUACUGUAAUCUACAGUGGCUGAUGCCCAAUAUAUAUCCAUUAUCUGUUGUAGAUUUCAUGGCCAGGUAAUGUUCUUUGCUUUGGUUUCACAGACCUAAAUAAGCUCUAAGGAUAUUUCUUUUGUAAACUAAUAAUUGCAAUGUUUUAAACAUGGUCUAAAUCCUAAAUAAAUCAGACUUGCUAAUUUUGUGGCAAGUAGAAUAUU